AUGGAUCACGCGGCGGACACGUUCCGGACGGACCUGAUGACCAUCACGCGGCACGUGCUGAACGAGCAGAGCCGGCACCCGGAGUCGCGCGGCGACCUCACCAUCCUCCUCUCCCACAUCGUCCUCGGCUGCAAGUUCGUCGCCUCCGCCGUCAACAAGGCCGGCCUCGCCAAGCUCACCGGCCUCGCCGGCGAGACCAACGGGGAGGAGCAGAAGAAGCUGGACGUGCUCUCCAACGAGGUGUUCGUCAAUGCCCUCGUCAGCAGCGGCCGCACCUGCGUUCUUGUGUCCGAGGAGGACGAGAAGGCGACGUUCGUGGACCCUAAGCUCCGUGGAAAGUACUGUGUCUGCUUUGACCCCCUGGAUGGAUCCUCCAACAUCGACUGCGGCGUCUCCAUCGGAACGAUCUUUGGGAUCUACAUGAUCAAGAACCAAGACACCGUGACUCUGGAGGAAGUACUGCAGCCUGGGAAGGACAUGAUUGCUGCCGGAUACUGCAUGUAUGGGAGUUCCUGCACGCUUGUCCUGAGCACUGGAAAUGGUGUCAACGGCUUCACGCUUGACCCCUCUCUCGGGGAGUUCAUAAUGACUCAUCCAGAUAUCAAGAUACCGCCGAAAGGAAAGAUCUAUUCGGUUAAUGAAGGGAACGCCAAGAACUGGGACACGCCUACUGCGAAGUACGUGGAGAAGUGCAAGUACCCCACGGAUGGUUCAUCACCUAAAUCCCUUAGAUACAUCGGCAGCAUGGUUGCUGAUGUGCACCGCACCUUGCUAUAUGGCGGCAUAUUUCUGUACCCCGCGGACAAGAAGAGCCCAAGCGGAAAGCUCCGUGUGAUGUAUGAGGUGUUCCCCAUGUCAUUCCUGAUGGAGGAGGCUGGAGGCCAGUCUUUCACAGGCAAAGGACGGGUUAUGGACGAACGGGCAAAAUUGGUAGUUCAGACAACAACGCUGAUAGCCGUGGUUCAGACAUGCCUCAUGUUGAUCCACAAGAGAGAUGUUCGUCGUGGUGACAAGCCUGUCAUUCGUUAUGCUCCCAUGUUAACCCGAUAUCAGGAGAGGAUGGCGAAUCUGAACUACAUUUACAAUUGCAGUGACACAAAGGCUCUGUGGAUGCUAAGAAUGAAAAGAGCACCUUUCACCAGGCUUGUGCAGACCUUCAGGAGCAAGGGGCUGCUACGAGAUAGCAUCUACACUAGUGCGAAAGAGCAAGUUGCCAUGUUCCUCCAUGUUGCCGGCUAUAACCAGAGGUUCAGGUUUAUCCCCAACACGUUCAGGGGAUCAAUGAAGACCAUUUCUUGGUACUUCAGGCAAGUGUUGUAUGUUGUUGGGGAACUCAGAGGAGAGAUGAUCAGGUCACCAAUCGGCCGGACUCCUAGCAAGAUUCGCAGCAGCCCAAGAUGA